AUGCGGAUUGUGGAUGAUGAUGUGAGCUGGACGUCUAUCUCCACCACUAAACCCGAAAAGGAGGAAGAGGAAGAUGAUGGAGACUUGCCUGUGGUGGCUGAGUUUGUGGAUGAGCGGCCAGAAGAGGUAAAGCAGAUGGAAACCUUUCGUUCCAGUGCCAAAUGGAAGCUUCUGGGAGGCCACAGUGAGGAUCUACCUUCACACAGGCAUUCCCGCCAUGACUCCCCAGACCCUUCUCCGCCUAGGAGAGUCCGCCAUGACUCCCCGGAUCCUUCUCCACCUAGGAGGGUCCGCCAUGACUCCCCGGACCCUUCUCCGCCUAGGAGGGUCCGCCAUGACUCCCCGGACCCUUCUCCACCUAGGAGGGUCCGCCAUGAUUCACCGGAUCCCUCUCUGCUCAGGAAGCAUUAUCGUCCUUCAGGUGUAUCUCCUAGAAGGGCCCGUCACGACACACCAGAUCCAUCUCCUCCUAGGAGGGCCCAUCACAGUUCCUCAGAUAUUUCUCCUCAGAGAAAGGCCCGUAACAGCUCCCCUGACACCUCUCAACCUAGAAGGACUCUUGAAUCCUUGGACACAUCAAAGCUCAGGAGGGCCCGUCAUGACUCCCCUGAUUCGCCUCCUAAUGUUCCUCAUUCACUGCAUAGAACCAAAAGCAGUAAAGUCCCAGAAAGAGCCUCUAGCAAAACUUCUCCACAUCGGAAGGGGCCAGGACCCUCUCAUCCCUCAGUCCCGAAGAACAGCAAGUAUGAAUGUGACUCGGACCUCUCUCCACCACGAAAAAGGCAAGCAAAAUUUCAUUAUGGAAAUAAACAGCAUGAUUCUAAAGGCUCUUCACCCAGCCGUAGAAAAUUUCAUACGAGUUCGUCACCUCGAAGACGUCAGAGUCACACGUUGGGCUCUUCCUCCUACCCAGGUGACAGUCGGAAAGCCUCUGAUUCAGACCUUUCUCCUCCGCGGAAGAAACCAAGUUCAAGGCCCCAGGGUUCUGAUUCAGAUCUGUCACCUCCACGAAAUAGACCUGGGCGCCACAGCUCUGAUUCUGACCUCUCUCCACCAAGGAGGAAACAGAGGGCCAAAUCCUCUGAUUCUGACCUGUCUCCACCUCGAAGGACUCAGCCUCUGGGAAAGAAGGCUGCACACAUGUAUUCUGGGGCUAAAACUGGGUUGGUGUUAACUGACAUACAGCGAGAGCAGCAGGAACUCCAGGAACGGGACCAAGAAACCAUAGCGUUUGAAGCUGAAUUCCAAUAUGCUGAAACCGUAUUUCGAGAUAAGUCUGGUCGUAAGAGGAAUUUGAAACUGGAACGUUUAGAGCAAAGGCGAAGAGCAGAGAAGGACUCAAAGAGAGAUGAGCUGUAUGCCCAGUGGGGAAAAGGGCUUGUCCAGAGCCGGCAGCAGCAACAAAAUGUGGAGGAUGCAAUAAAGGAAAUGCAGAAGCCUCUGGCCCGCUAUAUUGAUGAUGAAGAUCUGGAUCGGAUGCUGAGAGAACAAGAAAGGGAGGGGGACCCCAUGGCCAAAUUUAUCAAGAAGAAUAAGGCCAAAGAGAACAAGGAUAAGAAAGUGAGACCUCGCUACAGUGGCCCAGCACCUCCUCCCAACAGAUUCAAUAUCUGGCCUGGGUAUCGUUGGGAUGGAGUGGACAGAUCCAAUGGAUUUGAACAGAAGCGCUUUGCCCGGCUUGCCAGCAAGAAGGCGGUGGAGGAACUUGCCUACAAGUGGAGUGUCGAAGAUAUGUAACUUUUCUGAGGCUGUGGGGGUUCCUGGAGUUUGUGGUAAUGGACACAGACCAGCCAGAUGUCUAGCUGUAAAAGCUAUCUAUGCUAAUAAUCAGGGCCCACACACACCAGCAACUCUUUGAAUGCUAGUUUUGAACCACUUGAGAAGAAUUUCACCAUUUGGAAAGAAGAAUAUUUGAAACCUGAUGUUUGGAUUGAGGCACCUGUAAUUUCUCAGGUGUGCCUGCACUGGCGGUUGUUGCUGGCUUUCAGAAGAAACGUUGAUUUCUAGUGUCCCAGGGUUUGUUCUUGGUUAGGUUUUUUAAUAAACAUACAUUUAUUUUUUUAAAAUCA